AUGACGACAAAUGAGCUGCCAGUCCUAAAUUUUUUUUGGGAUGGUACAAUAUUAUCGACUCCGGGUGGAGUUGAUUAUGUUUCCGGUAAAUCAAAACUGGUUGAGCUGACGAGUGUAGUGAAUUUUGCACAACUACAAGUCGUAAUUAGAAGGGUAAUUGGGCUGAAGGAUGCUGACGAGAUAGUGAAGAUUUAUCUACGAGUGCCUCGGUUCGAUGAACAUGGAAGAUUUCAAAAAUAUGAUGGUUUUCCUAUGGAGACAGAUGUUCACAUGGAAACAAUGUGGCACGACUGUGCGGAUGUAGACGACUGUGCAGAUGUAGACGAUGGUGAUGAUUUUAGUGAUGAAGAUGAGGAAGAAGAACACUUCUACGGGGCCGUUGCUGAUGACAACGAGGAUGAUGAUGAUGAUGACAUCGGUGGUGAGAAUGGAGAUGGCACCCAUGGUGAGAAUGUCGGUGGUGAGUCGGAACAAAAUACAGAUCAUUUUGAGUCACGCCUUCCUCAUGAGUACACGCAUCAGAAUGUUGACGACAUGUGUGUCAAUAUGAAUCUGUGGCCUAAAGAAAACGCAAUAUGGGAAGCUGGCAAAGAGUUUGAAUUGGGGAUGGUUUUUAGUUCGAGGUAUGUUGUCCAGACAUGCGCGACGAGUUAUCACAUUGCAACUAAUAAAGAAUACAAGAGCAGUCAAACAACUGGUAAAACAAUAGUUCUUGUGUGUGUGAACAAUGACACUUGCAAUUGGAGGUUGCGUGCGUCGCUUUUAAAAGGCGAGACAGAUUGGAUGAUAACAAGAUAUAACGGCCCCCACCAAUGCAGCGGCCAAUCAAUGAACCAAGACCAUCGCAAUUUAAGAGCGCGACAGAUAGCUGAACACAUCGACAUGCAAUUGCAUCUGCAACGUGACAUUAGGAUUAAAACGCUUCAAGAGGGCAUUUUUCAAAAACUGCGAGUUAGGCCUGGAUACAAAAAAACUUGGUAUGCCAAGGAAAAGGCUAUUGCAAACAGGUUCGGACAAUGGGACGACUCUUUCAAGGAGAUUUGCAAUUUUAUGACGAAUGUCACCGUUGCUAAUCGCAGGACAGUCUGGCAUGCUACCGCCAGGGAAUUAAAUUCUCUGGCUGCACAAAAAGCAAACCGUGUAACUGUUACGCGGUUUGCCACGUUGAAAAAGCAAACCGCGUAA